UGAAUAACGACAUGACAGCGAAGGAGGGUGACUCAAGCAGGAGCUCUCAGUCUGGCUACCCAAAGGCGCUAGAGGCGCCCAGAAGUUUCCAACCGGGCAGCUGCCCUGCGUCUCUCCUCCUGCUCCUCCUCCCCCUUCCCCUCCUCUUUGGCGCGGAGCUGCUAUUUCCAGACACUUCCACCCCCUUCUGUGUCCCCUCCCUCUCCCCAUUGAGCGAUAAAGGUGCCCAGCCGACUGAGCCUGCCUCGCUUGAUUCUCCAGUGCAUGGCUCAGCAGACGGCUGUACUUCUGUGCUUUCCAUCUCUAACCGGUGUAGCCCGUUUUUUCUCUCUCUCUCUCUGGCACUCAACAUGAGCGCGGCCGCUCAGUCUCCCACUAUGGUUCACUUGGAAGCAGGCGGAGGCGAGCGGGAGCCCCUGCCUCCGGGCUGGGAGGUGAAGAUCGACCCUCAAACCGGGUGGCCUUUUUUUGUGGAUCAUAACAGCCGCACUACUACGUGGAACGACCCGCGCAUGCAGGGAGAUCAUCUAAAGGAAAGUCAAUCAUCAGCAAAUGGUCCAUCUAGAAAUAGUCCAAACCAGUCCCAAGUCAGAGACGGAAACAUGGGAUACCCAAAGCUUCGUGCCGGUUACAUCCUCAUUCCAGUCAUACAUGAAGGUGGAGAGAAUAGACAGCAGCGUUCAUACUAUCCUGGCUAUCAGCCUGGCACGCGAGUCAAGGCAGACACCAUUCCCAUCACAGGACGGGCCCCAUCACCUCUAAGAGGAAGCUUUGCCCGUUCGCAAUCCCCUGCUAGAGGACCUGCAGAAGCUGGCCAGACAGAUAAACAAUGUGGACUGGCAACAACAGCUGCAGCAGCCCAAGUACCCCUCUCACAUGGAUCCGAGUCUCCAUCACCUGUACCGUCUGAAUCACCAACCAUUUCCCCUCAGUCAUCAGGCAGGCCCGGUUCAGGAAGCCACCAGCUCCCUCGUGGAUAUAUUCCUAUCCCUGUGAUCCAUGAGGGAAACGUUCCAAGGCAACCAUCACAAACCUUUCAUCAGGCACAGAAGACACAUUAUCCAGCCCAGCAGAGCGAUUACCAAGCCCACCACCCAGUGUAUCACAAAAUUCAGGUUGAUGAUCUGGAUCAGAGGCCACAACGGGCACAGUCACCAAACAGGGUGCCACAAAGAGGUUCAGCAAGUCGUGAAAGUUCACCAGCUAGAAUCCAGUCUCCAACUCUCAGAAGAGUGCAGUCAGUGAGACCUCAGGCUUCUCAGCCACAAAUGCCAACACAAGGAUCACCACCAGCUCUGCCAUCUGAUGCCAGGCUUGAAAACAAGGCAGGCUCAUCUGCAACAGAGAUUCCUGCUCCAUUCAUCCCCAUUCAAGUCAUUCGUACAGAUGCAGAUACUAAGCCACCUCCACAGAAACCACCUCCUACAGCAGAAAAUGUGGAUAAAAAGAUUCCUUGCCCUCCUAAAGCUGCUCAUGUAGAAGAAAAGCUUGUCCCACAGGAACAUGAACCACAGAAAACUUCAGAAGUGGAAGAACCUCAGAAGCAUCCAGGAGUCUUGAAAGUUGAAGCCAUUCUAAACAGGGUACAGUCACUGGAGCAGGCUGUCAGUUCCUUUCAAGGUAAGAAAAAUGACAAAAAAUAUCUAAUGAUAGAAGAGUAUUUGACCAAAGAGCUCCUGGCCUUAGACUCUGUGGACCCUCAAGGCCGUGCAGAUGUUCGGCAGGCCAGGAGAGAUGGUGUAAGAAAAGUUCAGAAUAUAUUGGAAAGACUUGAACAGAAAUCAGAAGAUGCUCCAGAGCCCAUUCAAGGGGAUGGACUUCAGCCACCUUUGCCUGAGAAUAAUCCACUGUCCCAGGAAAAAAUGGAUGUUGAUCCUAUGGUAGAAAACCUUACCAAGGAUGUAAGUAAUGAGAAUGCCAAGGAGCAAAUCAAAAUGGAAAUGAAUCAGCCUGAAUCUAAGGAAGGAGUAGUCACCAACCUUGCCAAAGGAACAAAUACACUUGAAAACAUGACUGAACCAUAGCCACAUGCAAAAAUUAAAGUCCUUGGACUGUUUAAGUUAAAGUGUGUGUUAAGUGAAAUUUAACUUGCAUGCAUUUCAGGAGCUUUGCACCAAUUGGUUUUUAAUAAACAUAGCAGCUUUGGACACUGUAAAUGGGGCAGAUGUGGGAGCAUAAGGGGAAAAAUGUAAACUAUAUUCUGUAUAUUGUUCAGAAGAUGCGUUUGAAGAAUAUAUUGUUAAACGGUUGCUUUCAAACCACCCAGCAAAAAAGAUGUCUUGGGUCAAUAUCAGCAAGUGAAAUGACUUACGUAAAAUCAUUACCUAACCACAUCAGAAUAACAUGCCUUUUUUUAAAAAAAGACACUCUUAAGGGGAAAAAUGUUUUCAGUAUUAGGCGCUUUAAGUAAUGUUGCCUAGAAAGUGUGGUAAGAAAUCAUAGAGAUAUUUAUAUGUAUUGAGAACUUCAGUGCUAUAUUUUAAAUGGGAAGAGAAUAAAAAAUACCAUAGAAACUUGA